GUUAACGGACUUGCCCAGAAAGCGCGGGACAGAGCUGCUCUAAGGAGAAAGCCUGAACAGCGACCAAUCCGUUCAGCGACUUGCACCGUCGCUCUAACGGCUGACCGAACGGCCUGUCACGCGCUCGCCGCCUUUGACUCGCUGGAGGUUGGCGCUGAGAAGCCUUGAAUGCGGGCGGGAGCGCGGGCGGCCCCAGGUUGCGGAUAUUGCGUCGGGAAAGAGCAGGUUGGGCGACAACUAGGACAGUUGCCGUACACGAUUCGGAAGCGGGCGCGUUCUAGGCCGCCCGAAGUCAAGCCCCCUUCCACAACACAACAAAACACACCACUACUUUAAAGCAACUAGAACUCAUGAACACCCUUCAGCAGCAACGUCUCCUGAGCCCCGUCGGCUCGAUUCCUUGCAAACCAACGAACCCAGACACCGGGCCUUGCGCACCUGCAUCUCCCGACUGCUAUAGCCCUAGCAACCUGAACAUGCACCAGGCAGCAGGACCAGCAGAUGCUCGACGACGGAGCCCCGGCUCAGCAGAAUUCGGCGAGCAAUCGCUCUUACCCGGACAGCCGGAGGCCCGUUCCCAGCAACAAGUACAACGGCAGACACCUGAUGCUGCAGAUGUCAUACGGGCACUAGAGGACUGCCUGCAAGAACUCUGCGGCGCUUCUUGCGGGUCUGCGCCACUGGCCAUCGGGCAGCGCGGCGAGGGCUGCCUGCGCUCGGAGCUCAUUAACCGAUACGUCCUCUCCUCGUUGUACGCUUGCGAGCUGUCUGGAGCGCAGCUCGCCGCGGGGAGCGGGGGCUGCUGCCCCGGCACGCCCAGCGAGAGCGGAGUUGGCGGACUCGUCCCGGACACCAUGUCCAAGGCCAUGAACAACUGCGAGCGCGCCCUAGUCCUGGCCUCGCACCUGGGCGAGCCCCGCACGCUCGUGUACUUCGCGGUCGGGCUGGCGGAGCUGCACAUCGCGCGCCGCGACCUGGCCGCCGCCACCUCCACCUUCGACGCCUGCGCCGCCGCCUGCGCGGCGCUGGGCGACGGCGGGCUGCGCGGCGCGCUGCUGCAGCGGGUGCUGCCCAUGGCCAUGGAGGUGCUCAACAUGCAGGGCCGCACCGCUGAGAGCUUCCAGCGCUGGCGGCUGCUGAACGGCGUGCUGGCCGAGAGCGGCCGCGCCGUGCCCGAGGAGUGCCCCAUCUGCGCCGAGCCCUUCUCACCGGAGCGCGCCUGCGUGGCGUUGAGCUGCGGCCACUCGUUCCACAGGGACUGCUGUGACCUGUGGCUAGGCCAUCGGAUGUUCACCACCGGCGUCUUCUGCGCCGAGUGCCCCGUCUGCAAGCAGGUUGACGUCUCGCUCAAGCCCACGCCCGCAGCCGCACACGCACUGGUCAUGCAGCGGCAAGCCAUGCUAGUGGCCGCUGCCGCCGCCGCCGUCGACCCCGGACUCAUGUCCUGCGGCGGCAGCGACGGCAUCACCCGCAGUGGCGGCAGCAACGGCAGUAGCAGCAGCAGCCAUGGCAGCACCUGCAGUGGCACCAGCCGCGGCAGCGGUGGCGGCAGCAGCGAUAGCGCGAGCAGCAGCAGCAGCGGCAGCAACUCGACAGGCUGCCGUGCUGUGGCAGCCGCCGGCCGCGCCGAGGGUGGGUCGUGUAGCUCCUUCCACAGGAGCUGUGCGCCAGCAGCCGCCGGCGCCGCGACUUGUGGCGCCGCCCCUGCUACUGCCUCUGGCGGCAGCGUAGCAGCUGCUACUGCAGAGGGCAACAGCGGCUACCUUCACCACAGCAGCAGCCGGCGUGUGGCCGCGGCCGCGGCUGCUGCUGCUGCGGCUGCGGCCCUGGUGGCGGCAGGCCGGGAUGUGGAGGAGAGCUGCGCAGACGGCGCUUGCUGCUAUGCCAUGGAGACGGACGACGACAGUGCUGAGAGCAUGGCGUGAUGAGCGGAUGCAGUCUUGUGCUAUGUAUGGCCUCGUCGAGUUGCGCGUUGUGGCUGCAGUCGGUCGCGUGGGCUGGACCGUCCACGACAUAACGCGCUCGCAUGCUGUCUGAAUGCUGUGCGAGUGAAAAAAGAGUGUUGACGUCGGUUCCACGUGCCUUGCGUCUUGUGUACAGAGCUUCGCAGGCAUUGCGUUGUAUGCAUUGUUCCGUUGAGGAACCUGCAAACAUGCAGGCGUGCCCAGUGAAUUGGUGCCCACAUUAGUACUGCGGAGUGAGGUUGACUGGGCGGGAAAGCGGCGAUAUGGUGUGCGUGCUGAGAUGCGAGGGAGUAUGUCUGAGCCACCUUUUUUGAGCGUCGGGUCAUGCCAGGCUUUGGCUGCAUGCAGGCCGCAAUUCGCGCGCCGUGCCCGAGUAUUACUGCAUUCAACUGAAUUGGAGUGCGCUUUCCCGCAACAAAAAAGCAAUCCAUGUGUCGAAGGGUGCGCGCAGAACACCACCUGGCGGUGUGGGUCGAGUUACCGUGCACGCGGCAAAGUGGAACGGUAUGUCAAGGUGCAUGCAAAGCGUUACUGACGUGUGUACUGGACAUUCAGGGGCAAGUAGCUAUGGAUGUUACGGAGGGCGUUUCGUGUGAGGGGGCACGGCAACAUGAGGCACCGGCCCAAGAGGUUCAGAUUCAACUGAAGGAUAGGGAGCGGCGAGGCGAGGAGGCGAGGGGAGGGGAGCGACGCAUAACCGAAUGCGAGGCAUGGUGGCGGCACGAUGCCAGUUUUGUUUUGCGCGUGCGUGCGUGCUCUCUGGCCGUCAAGGCCAGGGCCGCUCAGCACCCAAGCAAAGGGAACUUUUGACAACUGAGUGCGCAUGCAGUGAAUUUCAUAUUUGAGAGACAUUUUGAUCGGGCUGGGGCAACAGGGGCGUGGCUUGCUAGUACAUGCCCCCGUGGACAUUGAUCGCGGCGUCUGGAGUGGAGAGUUGGUGUUGCUGCAAGCAAGCAGUACAUGUAUCCAAAUAAGGCGCGGAGUGGUGGUGUGCAAGCCUUGGGAAAGGACGAGCGUUUUUUGCAGAUGAGAGGGGCCCGUGGCCUGUGGUGGCAGAGCCGGGUGUAUUGGCCUGGAGUGACAACACGGGGUUUGGAGGGGCUGUCAGGAGGAGGCUGCCAUUUAGAACACCGACGGUGGUGACCGACCAUUUACACCAAGAGCCGGAAGGCGCUUCUUCAGUUUAUCUUAAUCACUCUGGUGGUGCGUGUACGCGGGGCUAAAUAAAGUGCCUUGCCGCCUUCCUUGCGUGAAGGCGCGAUGACGGCGAAAGAGCGAGUGAGAGGGUAGAGCGAGUGAGGGGGUAGAGCGAGUGAGCCGCAGUGAGUGCGUGGCGUGCAUUUGGACCCCGCAAGAGGGGCCGUGUAGCGGAUACUGCCAAUGCGAAGAUAUUGAUAAAGAUUAAACGGCAUGCGCAUGCGAGAGGUGAGCUUCUCGACGCAUGAUGGCGUGUGAGGUCCCAGUCAUGUGCACACCUGCACGAAGAUUCGAGGCGGCGCCGGCGGCGUUGCGCCGGGCCCGCCACCCCACGUGUAACAACUAUCCAGC